CGUAGAUCUUUCUCACAUCAAGUUCCUCUCGUGUGUUAUAAUUUCAUCCUUUUUGAUCAAGAGUUUCUUGGAAAGUUCGUUGAUCAUGGCCACGCGUUGCAGAUUUGAGAAUAACAACGAAGUCGGCGUUUUCAGCAAAUUGACGAAUUCUUAUUGUCUUGUUUCUCUCGGUGGAAAUGACGUAUUCUACAACAUUUUUGAAGCAGAGGUAGGCGACCAGAUUCCAGUAAUCCGUACAUCAAUGGCUGGCUGCAGAAUCAUAGGUCGUUUAUCUGUUGGUAAUAGACAUGGCUUGCUCGUUCCAAACUCAACCACUGAUACAGAGCUGCAAUAUCUGCGCAACACUUUACCAGACUCAGUAAAGCUACAGAGAGUGGAAGAAAGACUUUCAGCACUAGGCAAUGUUGUAGCUUGCAAUGACUAUGUUGCCCUGGUUCACCCGGAUAUUGAUAGAGAAACAGAAGACAUAAUUGCAGACACAUUAAAAGUAGAAGUAUUCCGUCACACAAUCGCCUCAAACCCGCUUGUUGGAUCAUAUUGUUCUCUUUCUAACCAAGGUGGUCUGGUGCAUCCGAACACUUCAACACAAGAUCAAGAUGAAUUAGCUACACUACUACAAGUGCCUAUUGUUGCGGGCACUAUCAAUCAAGGAUCAGAACUAAUUGGAGCUGGAAUGGUAGUUAAUGAUUGGUGUGCCUUUGUAGGACUUCCCACAACAACAACAGAAAUAUCUGUCAUUGAAAGUAUAUUCCGGUUGAAUGAUCAAAAACCUUCGAAUAUUACAUCUCAAAUGAGAUCAACACUGAUUGACAGUCUGGCCUGAUCAAGUGAGUAAUUUCAACGUUCUUGGAUGUCCGAUUUUCAUUGCCUUUACAUUAAAUGCACCAGGAUUCUUCCCGGGUAAAACCUGAUCUCGCAUCAAAAUGAGUCUUCUUCGUGUGUAAGCAACUCCAAUGCAUGCAGGUUGCACAACGACAAAUACAUCAUAAUGAGUCUUCAAAUCACACCAACAUAACAAGAAACAGUUAGUUCAUGAAAGUACCUUCUGGUAUUUUCUCAACAAUUUCAUUAAGGAUAAUUAAGAUAAAAAAUCAAAUUGAGGUAUCUUAUACUUCAAAAGUGAAUAUUUGUAUGUAUUUUCGUAAUAUAGUAUGGGUUUUAAAGUUUUUAUAACUGUUGGUCUCCAACAAUAGCAAGUCGUUAUUCUUGUUAGUCCCAAGUUUUUAAAAAUGUCAUCAGGUACUCAAAAACCUUCUCUAACUCUAAGUUUUUCCCUCAUCAUUGGCAUCCUCUGAUAUUUGUUUUGAGGUUCUUCGAAUGUCCAUACAUUGGUUUUCUCAUUAGUGGAUUUGAUUCAUUUUUUCAAACAGAUAGACAUAGUUUUCACCAUUAAGAGAAAAACUUAAAGACUCUUCACUCUCUGCUGUGGUUUAAUAACUUCGGACCAAUUCUGUAAUUUUGAAGGUUGUGGUCAUUGCUGCCAACCAGGAAAAUCAAUGUUGUAAUCGAAAGGAAUUUUGUUUUGUUGUAACUGAGGUUGCCAGCCAGUCGGUACAGAUUGAACCGAAUCCUCUUGCGAAAAUUUGACUAUUCUAACAAAUUGAGUAUUGUAACAUUAAGAAUAGUUGAUUGUUACUUUUACCCAAUAACUUCACUCAUGUUACACCUCUGUUAAUUUAUUCGUCCAUUUUGAACUGUCUACAUCAAAGAUUAUGAGCUUGGAAAAAAGUUUGCCAUCUUUUUGUACAAUCUCUAAACAAGUAAUCUGCCUUCUUGAUAAAUAAAACCAUCAAAGCUCAUUCAGAGAUCUUUUUUGUUGUAAACCAUAAUUCCUUGAUAUGCGGUAAAGCUAAUGAUAGUUUUUCAUAAAUUUUUUAUUGUCCACGAAAUUUGCAUGUGACAUGUCUCUUGCAACAUUCUCCAAUCACCUAAUUAUUGUAUUUCAUUAAUUAAUUUAAUGUCUAAUUUGAGACAAGUGUUCGUGUAUACUCAAUGAAAGUGAAGUAUUAUGAGUAGGUAAGAAAAUAUCAAGAAAAGCUGAAAAACUCCAAGUCUUGAACCUAUUAUUAUGCUGUUCAAAAACCUGACUGAUUGAAGUGUUGUAAAUUUCAAUAAAAUGAUAUAAUUUUUUGAUAAUGAA